AUGACAGUCUUUGGGAAACUUCUCGAGGAAGGCUAUACCGAGGAGAGACAUCUCGCAGAGAAGCUAAGAGCAAAAUACGACUUGGCGUAUGAUUUCAACAUUCGGUCCGCAGAUGGCGACUGGAUGAGCCUCCCAGCUCAUCUCAUUGUGCUGGCAGCCCAUGGCGGGCUCAUCCCGAUAGACCAUAUAAAGUACCUUUGGAACUCAAGCCUGCUCCGCGCUUCCCACGGCAUGCCCUGUCACCAACUCACGGCCUUCAUCCUCGAACAGUAUCCCGACUACAAAAACCUACUCUUAGGACCUGAUAGCCGCAACCCCUGGCACGUAGCAGCGUAUUGGGCCAACAACACCGCCAUCCAAAUGAUGCGCUCGCAUAUCCGGCGCAAGUACCCGCGUGAAAAGGAGCCCAUCAACGAGCGAGCGACCGGCAACACGCCCCUGGAUUAUGCUACGAUGGGAGUGCGCAAGAACGAGAUUGCAGGUGAACGAUCCGAAGGCAUGGCACUCGACAAGUCCCUCGCCCGACAAGUACGCGCCUCUGCGGUGGAAUGUUACAAGAGCCUCAGGGAGGCUGGGGCGUUACACAACUGGGAGCUUCUUGGGAAUACAAUCACGUCAGUCUCUCACGUUGGGCUAGUUCCUUGA